AUGGCUUCUAAAACAAAGUCGGUCUUGAUAUCAGUAGUUGUGCUGAGGCUCCUAACACUUGGAUUUUUAGCUGCUUCUAUUGUCUUAUUGUUUCUAGAUAAAUUCACUUUUAGUGAUGCAACAGGUGUUAUCGGCUUCCUUUACACUUUUGUUCAAAAUCCAUUUGCUAUAUACCAUGCUUCCAAGGCUUCUAAAAAAUGGAUGUCUUUCAGAAUCAUUGCAUUCUUGUUGGCUACUGGUGCCGGGGCUGGAUUUGCAGUAACCUUCGAGUUCAAAAAACUACUGAAAGAUUUUAUUAAAAGCGUUGGAGCUACAUUCGGUUUCAGUGGGCUGGAUGAAACAGAUUCGAUUACGGAGAAAUUCCUCGACAAAGCUAACGUUGCUACUGGCCUUCUCUUCCUUGGAUUCAUUUGCAUGGCAAUACUUUCUGUGUUUUCCUCGAUAGUAAUUACAAUUAGACCUAUCCAAGGGUCGAGUCAGGCUAAGUUGUGUCUUAUUUGGUAUAACAUAUUGCUAACAUGA